GUCAAGCCAAAGCACAUUCCUUCCUCUCUCUCCUAUUUGCUCAGCCACAGACCAGACAGAGCAACCAGCACCAGACAUGCAGAGAAUGAGCUUCCUAGUUGCCUCUUUGCUAGCCCUGGUGGCCAGCGUCUCUCCUGCUCCGAGUCAGUGCCCCAGCCCCUGCCACUGCCAUGGUGACCUGCAGCAUGUUAUCUGUGAUAAUGUGGGGCUCAAGAAGAUCCCAGAAACAUCCGACGCCACACGCCUCCUCAACCUGCAGAGGAACCAGCUGCCUGUGAUCCCCAGCGGUGCCUUCAGCAGCUCGCCGGGGCUCAUCUCCCUGCAUCUGCAGAAUUGCCACAUCAAGGAGAUCUCGGGCAAGGCCUUCAAAGGGCUCAAGAAGCUCAUCUACCUCUACAUAUCCAACAACGAGAUCAGCAUCAUCAAGCCAGGAGCCUUCGAGGACCUGACCGAGCUCACCUACCUCUACCUGGACAGCAACCGCAUCAGUGACCUGCCCCGCGGCAUCCUGGCCCCCAUGAUCAACCUCUUCACCCUGCAGCUGAACGACAACAAGAUCCGCGAGCUUCGGGCUGGCUCCUUCAGCGGCGCCAAGGACCUGCGCUGGCUCCACAUUAGCGGCAACGACAUGACCUCCAUCCAGCCCUCUGCCCUGGAGGACGUGGAGAACCUGGCCAUCCUGCACCUGGAGCAGAACCGGCUGUCUUCCUUCCCCAGCGCCGCCCUGAGCAAGCUGCGCGUGUUGGAGGAGCUGAAGCUGUCUAAGAACCCCAUGAAGAGCAUCCCAGACAACGCCUUCCAGUCCUUCGGGAGAUACAUGGAGAAGCUCUACCUGGACAGCAUGGGCCUGGAGCGGUUUUCAGACGGCGCGUUUAAUGGAGUCACAGCCCUCAAGUCCCUGCAUUUGGAGAACAACAAGCUCAACACCCUUCCCAGCAGCCUCUCCUUCACCACCAUCCAGAACAUGACGAUCGCCAACAAUCCCUGGAUGUGCAGCUGCCCCCUCGCCCCACUGCGCAAGUGGAUGGACUCUAGCCGGCUCCGCCCAGAGGGUGCCUGUGCCGCCCCUUCUCAGUACCGAGGCCAGCAGAUCAGGGACAGCGCUGCCUUCAACGGCUGCAGACAGAAGACAAAGAGGGCCAAAAAAGGGACGCGCUUUUAAAGAGGAGACAGUGAAAAAGUCUGUCCAGGUGACCGGCUAUUUGUGUGAAGAAAGAAGCCAUGCCAACUGCUACUCUCAACUCAGCAUCUCUCUAACCCCUCUUUCCCUCCCCUCUCUCCACAACCCUCGCUCUUUCCCUCUCGCCCCCACCACAAUGCCAAAGAAUUUCUGACCCCAUUGCCAGUCUCCACAAAUUCCUCAUCCCCACGACAGCCCCACGCUUGCCAGACCCACUCGCUGUUUACUCUAGGACAUGACUUACAGCCUAAUAAAUAAGAACUCCAUGGAUUAGCAAACUGGGUGCGAGGGUGAGAGACGGGAGAGGUUUUAUUGAGGGGAUGCUCUUCGUUUUCCAUUGGGAAAUCCUUUUUGUGCAUUUUGUCAGAGGUUUUCUCAGAUAUUCUUCACCUCUUCAAGGGUAUGAUAUUUUCACACAAACAUAGAUUAGCGGAUCAACUGGGGAAGGAUUAUAGCAGGACUGGAACAAUCUCUAACAGCGUUUUCACACUAGGAUUUAAUAAUUCAGGGCCAGAUUACCUACUGGAUAUCAGGGAGCAAGUUCAUGUAACUUAUCCCAAGUUAACCCAGUUGCUGUGUAAGCAUUAACUUGGUCGAUAGAGAGGGUAUGCAAGAAGGUAUUGUGUGUGAAAACGGUGUUAGAGUCCAGACAUCAGAAUUACUCAUCCUGUAAGUGCAAGUGAGUGCCAGUAGAACCGUCACGGCCAACCCCUUUUCAUUGCUGUACAGCCAGUAGAACCUUCACGGCCAACCCCUUUUCAUUGCUGUACAGCCAGUAGAACCUUCACGGCCAAUCCCUUUUCAUUGCUGUACAGCCAGUAGAACCUUCACGGCCAACCCCUUUUCAUUGCUGUGCAGCCAGUAGAACCUUCACGGCCAACCCCUUUUCACUGUUGUACAGCCAGUAGAACCUUCACGGCCAACCCCCUUUUCAUUGCUGUACAGCCAGUAGGCAGAAGCACCUCAAUACUUCAGAACAAGCAUCCUUCAGAACUCUGGCAGUAUAUAUGAUGUAGCUUCCAACGAGUGUGAAGUUGCAACGGAUUAUGUGGGUGGUAAUAAAGCCAUUAUUAGGGGUUUUGAGGUAUCAUUUAUUGCCUAUAAAAAGUUGACCUAUUUGAAGAGGCGCAAUAUCGAGUGAGCAGGAGGUCAGACAAAACGACUACAAGGUACAGAUUCCAGCCCCAGGGAUUUGGGGCUUUCAGACAGAAUUGGGGUGGGUGUGUAGGCACAAUGAAGUGUGGGGUGGGGGUCAGGGGUUAGAGUUUGGGACCAAUCCUGACUGGCAAUCCCGUCAGUAACUCUGUAGGCACGUCUCCAUUUACAACGUGAACCAAACUUCGGAAGAUUAGGUUAGGGCGGGUCACAUAGCGGUGAACCAAAGCCGCUGGGCAUUUUAAUGUCAGGACGAAUAUAUUUGAAAUCAACCCUCUGUACAACCAGCAGCCAGUAUAGGUGAACUGAUAUCGGAAAUAUACUCAGGUGGCAGAAGAGUAAUGUUUAGCAGGGAGUUUCAAUAGCCAGCCAGGAAACAAUGAGUUUCAACAGCCAGCCAGGAAACAAUGAGUGUUGCAGGCUAACUCACUCACCUCUCGAGGCCUGGCUUCAAAGCUCGUUCAGUGCCGCUGACUAUCGAAGGGGAGACUACCUUCAGCUGGGCUUUGCAAUGCAACCAACAGGGCUGAAGUACAGGGCCUGCAUUUACCUUAAUGGUAAUUAGAGAUUCAAACUGAUGCUUGAGACUCACUCACACCGCAGUCUGAUUCAAAUUGGCCUCCCUCCACCAGUUUAGCCACAAAAAAAAAAAAUCGGUAAGAAAUGACAGUGUGUUCCAGCGGCCAGAAAAAUAAAAACAUGUUGUAAAGAAACGAUUGUACAUUUUGCUAUAACUAUUUGAACCAUUUAAAGACAUUUUUAGAAAAGUGGAAUGAAUGUCCAAUUUAAUUUUAUGAAAUCCAAGCCCAUUUAGUUGUGUUCCUGGCUUCUCUAGAUUAAAAUCCCCCCAACCUCCCCAUCACUGCGGUAAAGUCAAUACAAAGUGUAGUAACCCAUUGGGAAAGCAUGGUAAUGCAGACAAAAACCAGUGAAAAAACAGUCAAGCAUGGGGUAGGCAUGGUGGAGUGUAUCUUUACUGUGCCAAUGCAUAGCAGGGUAAACUUUUCAAAGGGCACAGCACAUGGGAAAGACCUGUUUCUGUGCAGUCUCUGCUGUGCUUGGCUCUCCUCCAGCAGGUGUAGGGUUGCUGCUCCAUGCUGAUGUGGAUUAUGUGAGGAUGGGGCUGUAGGUUGUGCAGGUCACUUUACUAUACAGCUCUGAGAGGGCUGUGAAAUCCAUUCAUUCUGUGUUUCUGUUUAAUACCAUUUAAUAAUGCAGCAGGUGCCCCCAGUACAUCAGUCUUUAUAUAACUCUCUCUGCUAAGAUUCUGUUCAUUCUCAUUCUAAUCUUUACAUUUGGUUCUAGUAAUAAAUACCUUUUUGUUGCAUUUUAUUUUAAUAAAGUUUGUAUGCUUUAAUAAUAAAAGUGUGUUGCACUUGUA